CGUCCCUGCCUCUCGUGGGUGCUUAUGGAGCCAGUUGCUUCUCUGCAUUUCUCCCUGCCAGGCUCCCUUCUCUUCUUCCACCUCCUCAGCUUGUUUGCAGCGGUCUCAGUCCAAUUUACUGUCCUGGGACCAGCUGAUCCAAUUCUGGCCAUGGUGGGAGAAGACACCAAGUUACACUGCCACCUGUCACCUGAGAAAAACGCUGAGGGCAUGGAGGUGCGGUGGUUCCGGACGCAGUUCUCCCCUGCAGUGUUCGUGUACAAGGGCCAUCGAGAGAGAACGGAGGAGCAGAUGGAGGAGUACCGGGGAAGAACAACCUUUGUGAGCGAAGCUAUCAGCAAAGGGAGCGUGGGGCUGAUCAUACACAACGUCACAGCCCGCGAAAACGGCAUCUACCGCUGUUAUUUCCAAGAAGGCAGAUCCUACGACGAGGCCAUCAUGUACCUGAUGGUGGCAGGCCUGGGUUCUAAGCCCGUUAUUGAAAUGAAGGGCCACGAGGAUGGAGGCAUCCGGCUGGAAUGCACAUCUGUAGGGUGGUACCCAGAGCCCCAUGCCGUGUGGAGGGACCCUUAUGGUGAGAUCAUGCCCCCGCUGGAGGAGGCUUACACUACGAACGCAGAUGGCCUCUUCAUGGUCACCAUGGCUGUGAUCAUCAUGGACGAGUCUGUGAGGAACGUGUCCUGCUCCGUCAACAACACCCUGCUCAACCAGGAGAAGGAAACUGUGAUUUUCAUUCCAGAAUCCUUUAUUCCCAGCACAUCUCCCUGGCUGGUGGCCCUGACUGUCAUCCUGCCUUCUCUGCUCCUCGUCAUCGCUGGGAGCAUCUGUCUCGUCAAGAAACUCCAAAUGGAAAAAAAGCUUCUGUCCAUGCAAAUAGAGAUUGAAAAUGAAGAGAAAGAAAUUGCACGUAAGGAACUGGGGAAAGAACGUGUGGAAAAAGAGAAAGAACGUCAAAUAAAAGAGCAACUUCACGAAGAACUGCGAUGGAGAAGAAGCCUCUUACAUGCGGCUGAUGUGGUACUGGACCCAGACACCGCUCAUCCCGAGCUCUUCCUGUCAGAGGACCGGAGAAGUGUGAGACGGGGUCCUUCCAGGCAGAGCUUGCCUGACAACCCAGAGAGAUUUGACUGUCAGCCUUGUGUCCUGGGCCUAGAGAACUACUCCUCAGGGAGACAUUACUGGGAGGUGGAGGUCGAAAACGUGAUGGUUUGGGCUGUGGGUGUUUGUAGAGACAGUGUUAAGAGGAAAGGGGAAGCCCUACUGGUUCCUCAGAACGGCUUCUGGACCCUGGAGAUGUUUGAGAACAAGUACCGCGUCCUGUCCUCCCCGCAGAAGAUUCUCCCCCUGAAAGAGCGCCUUCGCCGGGUUGGCAUCUUCCUGGAUUAUGAAGCUGGAGAUGUGUCCUUCUAUAACAUGAGGGACAGGUCGCACAUCUACACGUGUCCCCGUUCGCCCUUCUCUGGGCCCCUGAGGCCCUUCUUCAGGCUGGGUUCUGAUGACAGCCCCCUCUUUAUCUGUCCAGCGUUUACAGGGGCCCAGGGGGUCACAGUGCCUGAGGGCGGCCUGGUCCUUCACAGGGCAGAGACCCACCGCAGCCUCCAGGACCAAUUCCCCGGUCUCAGAGCCAAGUAG